AUGCAAGUCUCCAUAGCGUGCACGGACCAUAACCUCAAGAACCGGAAUGGGGAAGACAGACUGAUCAGCAAACAGAACACCACCGCUCCAAAUGCGGUCAAUGCUGCCAGAGCAAAAUUCCGGACAGUGGCGAUUAUCGCUCGUAGUUUGGGAACCUUUACCCCCCAGCAUCACAUUUCCUUAAAAGAAUCCACUGCAAAGCAGACGGGCAUGAAAUACAGAAACCUUGGGAAAUCUGGAUUAAGAGUUUCUUGUUUGGGACUGGGGACUUGGGUGACUUUUGGAGGUCAAGUUUCAGAUGAGGUGGCUGAACAUCUAAUGACCAUUGCAUAUGAAAGUGGUGUGAAUCUCUUUGACACAGCAGAGGUAUAUGCAGCUGGAAAGGCUGAAAUUAUUUUGGGAAACAUUAUCAAAAAGAAAGGCUGGAGGAGAUCAAGUCUGGUCAUUACAACAAAACUCUACUGGGGUGGAAAAGCUGAAACAGAAAGAGGGCUUUCAAGGAAACACAUUAUUGAAGGAUUAAAAGCCUCUCUCCAGAGACUGCAGCUUGAAUAUGUGGAUGUGGUCUUUGCAAAUCGACCAGAUGGUAAUACUCCAAUGGAAGAGAUUGUCCGAGCAAUGACAUAUGUGAUUGACCGGGGAAUGACAAUGUAUUGGGGGACUUCGCGCUGGAGUGCCAUGGAGAUUAUGGAAGCAUAUUCAGUAGCAAGACAGUUUAAUAUGAUCCCACCAGUAUGUGAACAAGCAGAAUAUCACCUUUUCCAAAGAGACAAAGUUGAGGUUCAGUUGCCGGAAUUAUACCACAAGAUAGGAGUUGGAGCAAUGACUUGGUCUCCACUUGCUUGUGGAAUUAUCUCAGGAAAAUAUGCCAGUGGAGUCCCUGAUGGAUCAAGAGCAUCCUUGAAGUGCUAUCAGUGGCUAAAGGAGAAAAUUGUGACUGAGGAAGGAAGAAUGCAACAAUCAAAGCUGAAAGAACUUUUCCCAAUUGCUGAACGCCUUGGAUGUACACUACCUCAGCUAGCAGUCGCAUGGUGUCUUCGCAAUGAAGGUGUGAGUUCUGUUCUCCUUGGAUCAUCCAAUGCUGAGCAACUGAUAGAAAAUCUUGGUGCCAUACAGGUUCUUCCAAAGAUGACAACUCACAUUGUGAAUGAAAUAGAUAACAUUUUGGGGAACAAACCUUUCUGCAAAAAGGACUACAGAUCCUAAUGUACUGCAUGAUUAGUCUGGACUGCAUGGCUAAACAACAGCUCUGUACAUAGUAGUGUACUGAGUGGAUACUAUCCAGUUACAAUAAAAAAAUAUUCUGCAAUUGUAAUUUACUAGAUCCUCUAAGGUGGUUAUGUUCCACCAAAAUUCAGUAACAUGGCUGAUCUGUCUAAACUAGAUUGUCUUUACUGUUUUUAAAAUACAGUAUAUCAAAUCUUAAGAGUUUGGAUUUAAUCUUGACUCAGAUCUAUUUGACUCUAAUGAAUGAAAAAUACAAAAAAAUGCAGAAGUAUUCAGUUCAUUGGGGUUUGCGUAGGACUUUCUUAAUAGAUUCUAACCCCACUGAGUCUUAUUUUCUUUCUUCCUAUUUAUGCAGUGAAAAUACAAAGAAUCAAAGAUUUCUAAGCCUUAGGUACUUAAAAAUAAAAAGAAGGAUGUAUAGAUAUAUUUUUUCAAUAAAUGAAAAGCCAGAUACAGUUGAAAGCUUAGACAAUUUCAGGGAUUUAGAUUCUUCAAGCUCUCUUAAUAAUAGGUAAGUUUGAAGUUUUUUCCAUUUGCAUUUUAAAUAGAAUUGAUUUCUAAACUAUUCAGUUUGGGUUUGGGCUAAAAGAAAGACGGGGGAUAUGGAGGAAUUAGAGAUAGAUGUCUAUCAUCUAUUUUUUUAAAAUGUAUCUGUUCCAGCCAAGCACUUAUAAGCAAGAUUCAGACUGUAAACCUGCAGGCAGGAUUAACUUGUUUUUUAUUGAUCAUAUAUAAGCCAUUCUGGCAUUCUGGGAAUUUUGCUUGAAGCACAAUGUAAGAAUGCUUUAAGAAAGAACGCUUGGAAUUGCUGUACAAUUCCAUUGAAAUAACAUGAUUUUUAUGUGAUUUUGGCUGGAUUGUAAUGCAUUGUUUUAAAAAAUGCCAACUUGCUUUCUGAAGUGUAAAUACUGAAGUAAACAGAUACCAUGGAGAUUAUUGUAAAAUGUUCACUUAGCCAGUGAAAUUAAGAGAAAAAUUAUUGUUCCUUACAGAAAUGGAAAUUGAAAUGGUUUAGUUAACUGCUCUUUUACUAAAAUCUUUUUGGCAAUGUUUAGACAACUGUACAAUAAAUGUACAUAGUGUGUAGAGCUAUAUACUUUUCUGAUAGCUAUGUAGAUGAAAGUACUUUAUCACAGUUGAAUGAAAUCCUCAGAUUUUUGUUUGCUCGGUUCCUUUCCUUCCCCCAUUCCAUUUGUAAAUUGCAUCUGUGAUUGUUACCAGGAGUAAGUGCUUAGAUUUUUCCAGUCAUCCUGUUCAUCUGAAUAUUAAAAAUGGCCAAAUAUUAAACCAGAUUAAUGUCAGGGCUGCAUUGUAGAAUUUGGGGUGCAGAUUCUGUGCAUGCACUUGUUGAGGCAUAUUAAAGGCUGCUAAUUUUUAUUUGCACACAGUUAUUCUGUUGCAGCCAUGUGGCUAAAAGCCAGCAAAAGCAAACUGAAAAAUGAGGGCACCAUAUGCUAAGAAUCUGUGCCAAAAGAAGAAAAAAAAGACACGGGCAUCCAUGUGCAUCAAAAGGAAUUUCUCUGUUUUCUGCCACAUUUCCUAGAUUUCAUUUACAGGUUUCCAUGAAAGAUACCUCAAAUGGAAAAAAUGUGCAAUUUUCCUGGCAGAUGUUAAGGAAACAAAUGAUAUGAAAUAUCUGGCCACAGCCUAGAUUCUCAUGCAGUCCUUCAUUCAAGGACACUUAACAAUCUGAUUAAGCUUUUAAGUUCAAAAUUAUCCUGGUACUUGAGAAAAAGCAACUACUGUUUGGGCUUCAGUACUGUGUGAUUUAAAGCUCUUAACCAUGCUUGUGUCUUGUUUUCGUCUAUAUUUUGCUUUUGUUGGCUACAGAUACUUGGAUCCAUCCUUUAACACAAUGCAAAAUGAACUCUACCAGGUGGUUUCAUUUCAUGCACAUUACAUCCCAGAAAAAAGCCAAUUUUUCCCUGGAUUGUCCACUUUGAUAGCUAAGAACCCUUAUUCUAACAGUUUCUUUAGGGUUUACCUUUGACUAUAAAGUAACAUUUUUUCUAUUCUGUGUGAAAAUUACCCUGCAAUGCCAGACUAUUAUAGGUUC